CACGUCUCCAUCUUGACCUACUCUUACGUCCAAUUCUUCAGCUGGAUUCUGAGAGCGCCGUCAAGCUUUUUGAUUUCAAUUGAUAGAUUAUACCCCCAAAAAGGUCGCAAUCAUGGGUUUCUCGGAAGUGGACAAGAAAGCUAUCAACACAAUCCGCGUUCUCGCUGCAGACGCUACAUUCAAUGCCAACUCCGGACAUCCCGGUGCCCCCAUGGGCAUGGCGCCGGUCGCCCACGUCCUCUGGGACAAGAUCAUGAAGUUCAACCCUAAGAACCCCAGCUGGUUGAACCGUGAUCGCUUUGUUUUGUCGAACGGCCACGGUUGCAUGCUGCAAUAUGCUCUUCUGCACCUCUUUGGUUACGCUGUCUCCAUGGACGACCUCAGGAAGUUCAGGCAAGUCGACAGCAUCACACCCGGUCACCCCGAGGCCCAUGACACUCCCGGCAUUGAGGUCACAACGGGUCCCCUUGGUCAGGGUAUCUGCAACGCCGUCGGUCUGGCCAUGGCACAAGCACACACUGCUGCUACAUUUAACAAGGAUGGCUUCAACCUGAUUGACAACUACACAUACUGCUUCCUCGGCGAUGGCUGCUUGAUGGAGGGUGUUUCGAGCGAGGCCUGCUCCCUGGCCGGUCACCUCCAGCUCGGAAACCUGAUCGCCAUCUGGGAUGACAACCACAUUUCCAUUGAUGGUGACACCAACCAGGCUUUCACUGAGGACGUUGCCAAGCGUUACGAGUCUUACGGCUGGCACGUCGAGGUCGUCAAGGAUGGCGACAACGACUUGGAGGGCAUUGAGGCCGCCAUCAAGAAGUGCCAGCAGGUCAAGGACAAGCCGUCCCUGAUCCAGCUUAGGACCAUCAUUGGCUUUGGCUCAACCCAGCAGGGAACUCACGGAGUUCACGGCUCCCCCCUGAAGGCUGAUGACCUGAAGCAGCUCAAGGAGAAGUUUGGCUUCAACCCCGACGAGAGCUUUGCUGUCCCCCAGGAGGUUUACGACCUUUACAACAAGAAGGCUGCCGAGGGCGCUGCCCUUGAGGAGGAGUGGAAUCAGCUGUUCGCCAAGUACGGUGAGCAGUACAAGGCUGAGCACGAUGACCUCGUCCGCCGUCAAACGGGUGAACUUCCCCAGGGCUGGGAGAAGAACCUCCCCACGUACACGCCUUCGGACCCCGCUAUUGCCUCGCGUAAACUGUCCGAGACCGUUCUCACCAAGAUUGAGGCUGCCAUUCCCGAGCUUGUUGGAGGAUCCGCCGAUCUUACUGGUUCCAACCUGACGAGGUGGAAGGGUGCUGUCGACUUCCAGCCCCCUGCGCUGAAGCUGGGUGACUCCAACUACGCUGGUCGCUACAUCCGCUACGGUGUCCGUGAGCACGGUAUGGGUGCCAUCAUGAACGGCUUGGCUGCCUACGGUACCAUCCUUCCUUUCGCCGGUACCUUCCUGAACUUCGUAUCGUACGCCGCCGGUGCCGUCCGUCUCUCAGCCCUGUCGCACGUCCGCCUGAUCUGGGUUGCCACCCACGACUCGAUUGGUCUGGGUGAGGAUGGCCCUACCCACCAGCCUAUUGAGACUCUGGCACACUUCCGUGCUCUCCCCAACUGCAUGGUUUGGAGGCCUGCCGACGGAAACGAGACGAGCGCUGCUUACUACGUUGCCCUUACCUCCAAGCACACUCCCAGCAUCAUUGCGCUUUCGCGUCAGAACCUUCCUCAGCUCGAGGGCUCGACCAUCGAGAAGGCCAUCAAGGGAGGCUACGUCGCCCACGAGGUUGAGGGUGCUCAGGUCACCCUUGUUUCGACUGGUUCCGAGGUCGGCAUCUGCAUCGACGCCGUCAAGUACUUGGCCGAGAAGCACAGCAUCAAGGCCCGUGUUGUCUCGAUGCCCUGCUUCGAGGUGUUCGACGCUCAGUCUAAGGAGUACAAGCUCUCGGUUCUCCCCGACGGCAUCCCAUCGCUGUCUGUUGAGGUCAUGAGCACCAUGGGUUGGGAGAGGUAUACCCACGAGCAGUUCGGUCUCAACCGUUUUGGGGCCUCAGGCCCGUACAAGGACGUCUACAAGAAAUUCGAGUUCACGCCCGAGGGCAUCGCCAAGCGCGCUGUCGCCACGAUCGACUUCUGGAAGGACGUUCCCAACGUUCGCUCGCCCAUCAACCGUGCGUUCCAGCAAAUUAUCUAAGUUUUGUAACAAAACAGGCGUUGUGGGGAUGCGCAGGAAAUCUCGAGAUAGACCAAAUGACAUAUGCCAAGCGACGUUCAUCCAACCUUUUUUUGCCUUUUAAUAAUGAGCUUAUUUUAAAAAGUUAUUAGCCAAGAAGUCGACAAGGUGCUGUUGAAUGUCAUGUCUUGUGAUGCGUGAAUGCGAAUAUAUUUGAAUCCCAAAAUGAAAACGAAACAAAACACCGGAUGGGUUUCCCCAACUUUUGUAAGGCCCCAAACUCCUCAGCAUGCGUGUUGACCCCUGAAUGAUGAGUUGGAUCUUGCCCUUCCUCAAAUGAAGAAAGCCGAGAACGUCGGAAACGUAAAGAAAACACAUUAUCAAGAAGGUCAUUCGGCAGACCAGCGUCGCUGAAUUUCACAACCUAUCUUCUCCAAGCGAGCAGUGGCUCUCCUGGCGUCGGUUGCCUCUUCAACGCUUGCGCUCAGAACGAUACCGACGAGCAUUGGAGGGGCGUCUGCGUCUUCGUCUUCCUUGUGGCUAUCCAUACUAUCGCCGUCGUCGUUACUGUCAUGAUGUUCAUGUUCGUCAUCGUCGUCGUAAUCUGCAGCGUGGCCAUUCUUGGCAGCAGCAGCAACAGGUUUGGAAAAGUCCUGGCCGCCAUAGUAGGCCGCCCGUUCGGCUUGGGACGCUGCCGAAGAACCGUUCACCCUGAACCCAUCGCCGUCCAUCUGCGACCUCUGCCCGGUGGUGUUGCUGCUGCUAGGCCUCGAAAAGGCAGACCUGAUGGAUGACGCAGACAGGCCACGGUGGGGAAGUGGCCUGUGGGGCAUCAAGUGAGUUGCACCACCGCCACCACCACCACCACCACCAGGGGGGCCCGCCGCCGUUGCAGCCAUUGCCUGUGGAUUCGUCGUUGCUG